AUGGCUCCGGCACCGCGCACUAGAUACACCAAGGGCAAUCUUGUUGUAGACACUCCUGCAACCGAGGAUGAUACCGACGUUGAUGAGCGUACUCAUCUACUUGGACCCAAAGAUUCAAGCAGUCAGAGCCGCAAGUCCUCGCUGACCGGCUCUCGUGAGGCUACUCUUCUGCUGCGCAGACGUAGUAGCACAGGCAGCGACAAGAACCGACCAUUGCCUAUCAGAUCAAACACUGCCGACCUGCGCCAGCACUUGAAACAUCUCGGCCCAAGCAACGUUGCAAGCCGUCCAAAGGCCACCAAAUACACUUCUGUCAAGAUCAAGCCCGGUGUAGGAACCAUUCCUGAAAACCACGUACCCACCCCCGCCUCAGUUCAAGAAGCAGAGUCUAGUCAGGCAGGUACUUCCCAGACGGUCAUCAACGGUGAUUCAUCUAGGCCUGAAGGCGGCAUCGGUGCCGGCCUCGUCGGCUCGGCUGCUCUUGACGCUCAAGACGGAGCACACGCUGUCGCUCAUGGAUAUGGUACAAUCUCCCCUGGCUCCAAAAACCCUUCAAUCCAUGAAGAAUCUGAAGUGCAGGCCGAGCACAACUUGUCUUCGCCCAAGCCUAUGACCGCUAGCGAAGCAUCUGCUUUUGCUGAUAGUCACACUGCAGCAAAGCUUGGAUCCAAGGAAAACGAUGUACAUGAUGAGCAGGAGCAGCAGAAUAAGCAGCAAAACGGCACUCACGAGUCCUCCGAGCAAGAGCAACCUGACUUGCCUCAAAAAUCUCGUCGUGCCGUGCGAUCCGGAAGUAUCACUGAGAACAUUGUCGACGUGAACGGUAUGAAGAAGGUUGUCCUGGAAGCCAACAGCUCGUCCGAUGGAGAUGAACAAAAGGGCGCUGACGGUAGUGACGGCGCGAAUGACAAACGUGGCCACGAUGAGGACCAAGAUGACGCUGGCCACGAUGAUGCAGGUCACGAUGAUUCGAAGGGCACCAAAAAGAAGAAGAAGAAGAAGCGUGCCGGCAAGAAAUUCCGCAACAAGGGCGACUCUGUCAAGAGCCGUAGCGGCGACAGCACUCCUUUGUUGAACCAGGGUGAUCGUUAA